AUGUCGCAAAUCUUCUCACCAUCCCCCAAACACUGCGCCAUAGCAAACAACAAACGGUACCUCGCAAACCUCCCCAAACACUUACCAUUCAACAAGAAGCUCAUCUACUUCAUCUCAUCGCUCUUCACCUCCAUCCUCUGCUUCAUCUUUAUACUCUACUUCACACUCCGCCCUGCCAAGCCCCAAUUCGCCCUCCAGCAAGCCGACGUCUACCAGCUCGUCCUCCUCGCCCCGACCAACCUCCUCAAUUCCUCCAUCCAGCUCACCUUCCUCUCCACCAACCCGAACCAGAGGGUCGGCAUCUACUACGACGAGUUCCAGGUCUAUGCGGCCUACAGGGGUCAGCAGAUCACAGCCGAUACUCCGAUUCCCGGGUUCUACCAGGGACAUCAGGAGACUAAUUUGCUGACUGCUUCGCUGGUUGCGACGGGGAUGCCUGUGGCGCCGUCCUUUCGGUACGAGGUGGGGCGCGAUCAGGUUGCUGGGAGGAUGGUUUUGAGGUUGAAGGGGAGGGGGAAGCUGAGGUGGAAAGUUGGGAGCUGGGUUUCUGGUGGGUAUAGGUUUAAUGUGGAUUGUGUUGCGGUGAUGCCGUUUGGGGAUUCGAAUUCGCCGUCGGCGUCAGCGUCUUCAGGUCCUCUGAGCUCCAGGCCGCAGGGGACUCGUUGCUCUACUGAUGUUUGA